AUGGUACAACAAAUAAUUCUGCGGGACGAACUGUUGACUACUGGAUCUUCAAAAACUCGCUGUGGACUGAUUGCGGAGAUGAUGGUUACGCAAGAAUCGUACGAGGAGAGGAUUGGUGUAACAUUGAGUCACACGGAUAUGGUGCAAGAAUACCUGAAUAAUUUCUAG